AGAUAAUGAUUAUAUCUAUGUGGUAAUGGAGUAAGCAAUCAAUUAUAAAUUAGAAUAUGUAAGGGAGGUGAUAUCUUUGAUAAAGUAUUAGAAUAUGGUAAUUUUGAUGAAGAAGGAGCUUUAACUAUAUUCAUAUAAAUUAUUAGAUCAGUUGUUUAUUACUAAUCUUUGAAUAUAGUUCAUAGAGAUUUGAAACCUGAGAAUUUUUUAUUUUAGAAAAACAAUGAUUUAGAUUCUCUAUAUAUUAUCGAUUUUGGAUUAGCAAGACUAUUCUAACCUGGUAUAUAACAUUAAUGGACAAAAGCAGGAACAGUAAAUAAUAAUUUAUUUAUUAUUUAAGGCUUAUUAUGUAGCACCUGAAGUAUUACAGGGUAUUUAUGAUAACAGAUGUGAUAUAUGGUCAAUUGGUGUCAUUCUAUAUGUAUUAUUAUGUGGAUAUCCACCUUUUUAUGGUGAAAAUGAAUAUGAAAUUUUAUAAUCUAUAUAGAAAGGUAAGUUUGAUUUUGAUGGGCCAGAGUGGAAGAAUGUAUCAAAAAUGGUUAAACAAUUGAUUUGUCAUAUUUUGUAGCCAAAAUUAUAAAGGAAAGAUUUAAAAACUAUAUUAAUACAUCCUUGGGUAUAAAAAUAUGUUUAGAAAGGAGAAAUCUUACUUACUAAAAAUCAUGUGAAUAGAUGGAAGCAAUAUCAUUUAAUAAAAUAAAUAGGAUUAUUAUACUUAGCAACUCAACUAGAUUAAAGUGAAAUAUUGCAAAUUAAGAAUGGGUUUCUCUAUAUGAAUAAAAAUUAAUCUGGUAUUUUAAGCAAAGAAGAGAUAAAUUUUUUAGAUGAUGAAUUCCAAUCCUUGGAAUAUUAUUGUAAUAAUAAGAGUUUAAUCUAGAAUACAUUUCACUUUGUUUGGAACCAGCCAUAUAUAAGUGUGAAAAGUACUAAAAAUUGAUGUUUUUGUAUUUGUCAAUAGAUGGCAGAAUAACAACAAUGAGUUUAAGGAGUAUUCAAAUAUAUUUUGAAUGUGAUUUGGAUUAUUAACAAUUUGUAAGCUUGUUUUGA